AUGGGAAAGCUGCUUUCCAAAAUAUUCGGCAAACGAGAAAUGCGCAUUUUGAUGCUUGGCUUGGAUGCUGCUGGCAAAACAACUAUAUUAUAUAAAUUGAAAUUGGGGCAGUCUGUGACAACAAUUCCAACUGUUGGCUUCAACGUUGAAACAGUGACUUAUAAAAAUAUCAAGUUUAAUGUAUGGGAUGUUGGUGGCCAGGAUAAAAUACGGCCACUUUGGAGACAUUAUUAUACAGGCACGCAGGCCUUAAUAUACGUGAUUGAUGCCGCCGAUCGAGAGAGGGUGGAUGAAGCUAGACAGGAAUUGCAUCGAAUCAUCAACGAUCGCGAGAUGAGGGAUGCAAUUAUUCUCGUUUUUGCCAAUAAGCAGGAUCUUUCGGAGGGUAAAAUUGAUACUUACUACCAAUGCAAAAGAUUUUGUUCUUCGCAUGAGAGUGGUAGAUUUUCAAGUUAA